AUGUUUGUCAACAAGUUUGAUGACUUUAUAGUUCGGUAUGACACGCUCUCGCAUACUUGGGGCGAUGGUACGAAGAGCGAUGCCAUUGCCGCCAACGGCUACUCCCUGAGCAUAACAAAAGACUUCCUAGUGGCUUUGCAGCACCUUAGACGACAAGACGAGGGCAUCUUGCUUUGGGUUGACAUUAUCUGUAUCAACCAAAAGGACACAGACGAAAGGGACGCAUAA